CGAGUAGGAGGCGGUGACGCGCACAGGCGAGGCGGGUUCCCGGCGUGAGGCGCUAGUAGCGGCUGUUGUGUGCCAGUGUGUCCGGUUAGGAGCUGUCUGUGCGCUCACAGAGGAGAAGGGCCUUGCCGGGGGAUCCGGCUGGAGGUGGCGGCAGCAGCGUUGUGGAAGAAGCCAGCGUGUCGGUCUUGGUAACUAUUGUUCCAAAAACACGGAGCAGCGACUGUUUACAUGCUCAGGAUAGCAAUUUGCAUCAGUAUUUGACAAACCAAAAACCAUAAUGCGCGAGUAUAAGCUCGUGGUCCUUGGUUCUGGAGGCGUUGGGAAAUCCGCACUGACGGUGCAGUUUGUUCAAGGAAUUUUUGUGGAAAAGUAUGACCCUACCAUAGAAGAUUCCUACAGAAAGCAAGUGGAGGUAGAAGGACAACAAUGUAUGCUUGAAAUUCUCGAUACAGCUGGAACUGAACAAUUCACAGCUAUGAGAGACUUGUAUAUGAAGAACGGUCAGGGAUUUGCACUAGUAUACUCUAUCACAGCACAAUCUACGUUUAAUGACCUACAAGACUUAAGGGAGCAGAUUUUGCGAGUUAAAGACACAGAAGACGUUCCCAUGAUAUUAGUUGGCAAUAAAUGUGAUUUGGAAGAUGAACGGGUAGUUGGCAAAGAGCAGGGACAAAAUCUAGCCAGACAGUGGAAUAACUGUGCCUUUUUAGAAUCUUCUGCAAAGUCUAAAAUCAACGUAAAUGAGAUCUUUUAUGACUUGGUCAGACAGAUAAAUAGGAAAACACCAGUGGAAAAGAAGAAACCUAAAAAGAAAUCAACUUGUCUGCUGCUUUAGACAUGUGGCAAGCAGCAGGUCUGAGCCAGACUAUAGGAAUGAAGAACUGUUGCCUGGUUGGAAAGUGCCAGCAUUCCAAAAUGUAAAAAAGAGAUAUCCAAUCCUAAGUUAACAUAUCUGAAGAGGCUCCUUCUGUUUUAUAUACUGUAUUACGUGAAGACUUUAGAUCUCCAAUACUGUUUGCACAAGGUUCCCUGGCAAUGAUUUAGCUGUUUCUGUCUGAACAUACGACACUUGUUGUGUCACCUUUUGCAAUAGCGGCACUCGCAGAUGUGAAAUAAACAUACUUGACUCGAUUCUGAAUGAUUAUGAGAGCAUGAAUGCAUUUCAGAUGUUCAAUGACUUCAAUGAUUUUUUCAUAUUGACUUCUCUUCCAUCUCCCCUCCCUAGCCGUGCCUGUGUCAAGCACUAAAAAUGUAGCCAUUUAUAGUUUUUCUUUAUAAAUAUAUACAGAGAGAUAUAUAUCCCCCCCGUAAAGAACUCAAUGGGGCUAAUACCUUUUUGGGUCACGAUGACUUCAUUUUAUAUUUAAAACGUCUGGGUUUAUUAUAACUUUCAUCUUGCCAUUAUAUUAUAAUUAAGAAACCAUUUUGUGCAUAAUGCUUUUGGGGAGGGAUGGUGGGGUCUUUUAUAGAAAAACCGGGAUACUGAUUUCUAUGGAUUUCAAAGCUGAAAUAUAUAAUAUACUAAAACAACUCUAAUAUUGCUUCUUGUGUUUUACUGUCACAAAUUAAAUUACAGCUUUUAUGAAUGAUUAAAUUUUAGUACAUUUUCA